GACUACCACUGACUGCUUCCGGUUGAGCCUUCCGCUCCUAGUCUGCGGAUAACAGGGACAGCAGGUGGGAAAUAUCUGGACUUCACACUUGAUACAGGGGGUCCUCAUCACGUCAGAAGAUGGACAGAGGUCAGAUCCCUGAGAGGAUCCUAAACCUCACCCUGGAGAUCAUCUACCUUUUGACUGGAGAGGAUUAUAUUGUUGUGAAGAAGUCCUCUGACCAAAGUGGAGACAGCAAAACUUCCAGUGACUUCAGCAGCGGAACCCAAAGCCCCAUUGCAGUACACCCUCCUCACUCACUGAUACAUGAGAAAAACAAUGAACAGAAGAUCCUGGAACUGACCAACAAGAUAAUUGAGCUGCUGACUGGAGAGGUUCCAAGAGGAGAUGAAGAUGUGACUCUAAAUUUUUCCAUGGAGGAGUGGGAACGUUUAGGACGUGAGUCAGUUAGUAACAUGGACAUGAUGAUUAUGGAGAACCACCAAGCACUAAGUUCACUGGAUCUGGGUGAUUCAUUUGACAAGGUGGUUUCUGAAACGAAAAGCAUGGUCAGCAUCAAUCCAAUUAGACACUAUUCAAGCAUCUGCAAGCGCCAGAAGAGGAAGGGACAGCCAGUAAGAUAUGUAGCAGACAGCUCUGCUUCCCGUGAAGAUAACCUCGUAAACUCUGACACAAGCACAGCACAAACACAAGAGGAACACGUGUCCAUAAAUACGGAAAAGGAGCUUGAUGCAAAGGUUUACACACGCUCGGAGCACACUCAGACAGACUUCAUUGUAACUCAUGUUAAAGAUGAGCCCCAGGAUGGGACAAAAAAUUCACAGCAAGACUUUGUUCGCAUUGACUAUGAUUCUGUCUUCAUUGCCAACCAAACUUCUACGGCUCAGGAAACUUCUCGGAAACUUUAUGACUGCGCUUUGUGUGGGAAAACAUUUACCAGCAAGUCUGGUAUUGUCAAGCACCAGAGAAUGCACGCCGGAAGAGUAGUCUCCUGUCCAGACUGUGGAAAGGACUUCACCUGUAACUCUGAGCUGGUGGCCCACCAGAGAACACACACUGGUGAGAAACCAUUUCCUUGUCCUUCCUGUGGGAAAUGUUUUUCCACAAACACUAACCUGGUAGCACACCAGAGAAUCCACACAGGGGAGAGACCAUAUUCUUGCCUUCAGUGUGGAAAAUGUUUUACAAGCAGUUCAGACCUUGUCAAGCAUCAGAUAAUCCACACCGGUGAGAAACCUUUUUGUUGUCUCGACUGUGGAAAAGGUUUUACCAGCAAAUCCAACCUUGUUAAACACCAGCGAAUCCACACGGGCGAAAGGCCUUUCCUGUGCUCUGAAUGUGGUAAAGGCUUCGCCAUCAAGUCUAAUCUCAUCAAGCAUCAGGUUGUCCACACUGGUGAGAAGCCGUACCCCUGCCCGGAGUGUGGGAAGCGCUUCUCCAACCAGUCCAAUGUGGCAAAACAUCAAAGAACUCACUACGGCUUCAAGCGGGAUGGCUCCAAAGCUGAAUAAUAUUUUACCACCCUGCUCACGAGCUGGGAGUAAUGUAGUCAUGCAGCCAUGUGGGACUCGGGACUAUAGUGUCUUCCCUUCUUGUUGACUCUCCGUUUCAGUGAAGAUGCUCAAUUUUCUUUGCCGUAAGAGAUCUGAACACUACCUGUUCUUGCUGUUAGAAAACCUUACCUGUUGUCCGUACUGUAUGGUUUUACUUUGUCAGUAUAUAGUUUUGUUCCUUCAGGGUCUAAAAGGCGGAUCAGAUUACUUACCCAGCCCAGGGGCCUCAGCCUCGUGUCUUUAUAUGGUUUUAGUGAAUAAAAAGAAUCCUUCUUCCACUUUAUGAGCAAAUAAAAAGACC